UUCUGGUGGACGUUGAGGUUUGGCCUCACGCUUUCUCCAGUCUAGGCUCCAGACAGGUAUGCGGGGUGCCUUUGGAAAGCCCCAGGGCACAGUGGCCAGGGUCCACAUUGGCCAAGUCGUCAUGUCCGUCCGUACCAAGUUGCAGAACAAGGAGCAUGUGAUUGAGGCCCUACCUGGGGCCAAGUUCAAGUUCCCUGGCUGCCAGAAGAUCCACAUUUCCAAGAAGUGGGGCUUUACUAACUUUAAUGUGGACGAAUUUGAAGACAUGGUGGCUGAAAAGCAGCUCAUCCCAGAUGGCUGUGGGGUCAAAUACACCCCUAAUCGUGGCCUCUUGGACAAAUGGAGGGCUCUGCACUCAUGAGAACCUCAGCACUGCCCUUCCCCAUUCAUGCCUACCAAUAAAUCCUGCUUCCUGUCAAAAAAAAAAAAA